AUGAAAUUCAAUGCUAUAUUUGUUAUCACUUACAUCGCGUCUGUCAUGGCGCAGAUCGAUCUAUAUGAGUAUGGAACCAACGCCACAGCCUCUAUUUCGGAUGGAUGCACUUCUGCGUUGACAAAAGAGCUGAGUUGCGAUCCUUACCUUUUUACGCUUUCCAUGUCAGACUACUUUGGUCCGGUGGGCAAUGAAACCUUCCAGGAUCAAUUAUGUGAUGAAGGUUGUGGUAAGGCGUUGGAGGCCUAUCAUUCUUCGGUGGUACAGCAAUGUGUCGACGAUGUCGAGCCCUGGGAUGGAAUCCCAGCUGUAUGGGCGGGAGACGUUCUGUGGUCAACCUGGAACAGGACCUGCCUGAAGGACACCAAGACUAACACAUACUGCACCGAUGCGAUAGGAGACAUUCAAACAGCCCUUGGAGACAUUGAUACAGCGUUAUCAGUCCUAUCAAAAGAUCAACUUUGCUCGACAUGUGUGUUAGAUCUGAUUCAGCAAAUGCAGAAGACGGCGUAUUCCAACUACGACGAGCAGUUGGUGGAAGAAUAUGUUAAGAUUCAAGACACCUGCAAUACGGGCGCCCUGCCCACCGAUGUGCAGCCUCCCGCUACCAAUAUGACCGCUAUCCCUGGCAUCGACUACUCCACUCCCUCUAACGCCUCCUGCCUCUCUGGAAAUUCCUACUCUGCGAAGUCUGGCGAUGACAUGCAGUCCAUUGCCAAGGCCCAGAAAGUCCCGACUGGCCCACUGAGAACGCUGAAUGGCAUCUUUCCGGACGGUUCGAACUUGCUUUCCGGACAGAACUUGUGUCUUCCACGGGCUUGUCCCGUCUAUUUAGUGCAGGAUGGAGACAACUGUAACUCCAUCGCCGAUUCCUACGAUCUUACCAUUUCAGACCUCAUAAGCUAUAACCCCUCCAUUAACAGAGCGUGUUCGAACCUGAACGCUGAUGACAAUAUAUGUGUUGGCGCUUCUGGUCAGACAUACACACCAACCACAAUUGCUGGUGCCACUGCUACAAAAACAGCCCAAUACGCGGCCAGCACGGUGGCAGCAGCCGGUCCUACGGGCUAUGGAACCACGAAUGAGUGUGGGGGCUAUUAUCCCGCAGCUGACGGAGAUGACUGCGAACAGAUUUCACUCAUAUACUCCAUUAGCCUGGAACUUUUCCUUGCAAUCAAUCCCGCCGUCAACGCAGCCUGUUCAAAUCUGUUUCCUGGUCUGUAUUACUGCGUUUAUCCGACCGAAAACUGGAAUGCCACUGCAAAUGGAACCACUACGUCGACUUAUGUGACGCCUCCUGCUCCCACCCCGACAGGAACCACUCCUAAUUGCUACACAUGGCGGACGAUCGUCGAUGGAGAUUCCUGCUCGCUUUUGCAGAACGUUUAUGGAGUCACGUUUGAGCAGCUUCGUAUUUGGAACCCACAACUCAAUGAUAAAUGUUCCAAUUUGCUCCUUGAUGCCGCCUAUUGUGUUCGUGGUGAUACAAACACGACUACCACUUCCACUACUAAAACAGCUGACACAACGACAUUGAAAACCACAAGCACAGUGAAUCAGCCGACACAAACCUCUGUGUCAGCUCCCGGUCCAACUCAAGAUGGUAUUCCCAAGAACUGCAAUAGCUGGGUUAUGCAAAAAGAUGGUGAGUGGCGAAACAUCGCUGACUGA